AUGGUUUCCCCAUCAGAACAGAUUCUGACUACCGAACAAAUGAUUGAGAUACUGAAUCGACUGGAAGACAUCGAAAUUCGAGCCAUCCACAUUCUUGGAAUCUUCCGCGAUCCUCUUAAAAUCGAUGAAGCCUUCUGCUCUUACAGCAACAUGCUCCUGGAAGUUCAAAUACAGAUUCGCGACUUUCGUGUCCUUCUCAGCAAGAAUAAUGGACACUGGAAUACUGAUAUAUACCAAAAGUUUCUCGCCUACUCGUCGAACACAUUGAAUCAUUGUAAUCAGGCUGCAUCUCGAAUGUAUCCACCGAUGUACCGACAACAACAGCGCCAGUUUUAA